AUGGCUGGUGUCUACCGCGAGGAGCGUCGGAGGCUUCCGCGACCGGGCGAUGACCUCCCCGAGACGCUGUGGGCGGACGCCACCGUGCUGGUUCCACUGAUACGCGAGCAGGCGCGCGGCGAUCGCUUCUACGGCAACUUCAUGCGGUCGCUCGCGCCCGCCGUCGAGAAGGAGGCUAGGGGCACGGCGGUGACGCGCGAGCUGGCGGGGUCCAGGGGCGCGGGCAAGUACGUGGCACACCUGAUGGGCGGCCGGGUAAGGCAGCUCGACGGCUCCGCCGCGGGAUCCGACAGCGAAGAAUCGGAAGACGAGGAGGAGGAUGAGGAGGAGUACGACGACACGCCCAGAGCCAGGCGUUCGGAGGGCGGCGGGGGAUUCGAGGACGCCGAGACGACCGCGCGUAAACGGGCCCGGAGGGUGAACGUGAUGUCGGGCCUCGCGCCGGGAGGUAAGCGCAUGCCCUCGUACUCCGAGCACGAGGAGCAGCUCAUGUACCGGGGACGCGCCAUGGGCCUCUCGUGGGAUGACGUCGGCACGAUCCUGCCCCGACGCACGAAGCGCUCGAUCUCCAAGUUUUACUACGGCACGCUGAAGAAGAAGAUGGGCGGGGACCCGAGUGCCGUGCCCAACUUUCACGACGCGGAGAGGCGCGCGAUGAGAACCGCGUGCGGCGAGGCGCAGGCGCGAGGCGAGGACCUGGACUACGCGCUCGUGGCGGAGGCGGCGAACGAGGCGAGGCGAGAGCUCGUCGACGAACCCGGUCUCGCGAAUUGUGCGCCGAGAAACGCGGUAGACGCCGAGAUCUUCUGCAGGCUGCACAUGGGGGUGAAACACGACGGGGACGGGGACGGGGACGGGGACGGGGACGGGGACGACGACGAGAUGGAGGAUGAGGACGCGGGAGACGACGACGUGCGAGGAAAGACGCAUUACGGAAGAGGCGUGGGCAGAGCCGCGGGUCUGUGGCAGGAUUGGGAGCAGGAGGCCAUCUACCGCAUGCGCCGGACGGGUCAGGCGUGGGAGGACAUCAACACCGCGGUGCCCGAGCGGACGCUGCCGGCGAUCAAGAAGUUGUGGUACACGAAACUCUGUAAGAAGUCGCCGGAGGAGAUGGGGCUGCCCGCGGAUUUGCCAAACGCGGAGGAGGACGCUAAGAAGAAGGAUGUUGAAGACGAGGAGGAGGAGGACGACGAGGAGGGUGAUGAGGGUGACGACGACGACGACGACGACGACGACGUCCCCCUGACGUCUCUGCUCUGA